AUGGCAUCCUACGACCCCCGUGUAAACACCAAAAGCACAACUCCUCAGAAUCCUCCUCCCCCUCCCCCUCCUCCUCCCGAGGCUGCACCAUCAGAGAUGCCCUCGUCCGUCGACGACCCCGUGGAUGUGACCGAUGCGGUCACCGCUGCUGUCCCCGUCACAAGCACCACUCCCAACAAUGAUGAGCGGACGGAUUCAUGGAAGCUCAAAUUCUGCACAGUCUGUGCAUCCAACAACAAUCGCUCCAUGGAAGCUCACCUUCGCCUUGCCACGGCACCUGCUGCGUUUCCAGUCAUUUCCUUCGGGACGGGCUCACUGGUCCGGCUGCCAGGCCCGUCAAUCACACAACCGAAUGUGUACAGCUUCAACACAACGUCAUACAAUCAGAUGUACGAGGAGCUGGAGGAGAAGGAUGCGCGACUGUAUCGCCAUAACGGGAUUUUGAACAUGCUGGAUCGCAAUCGCAACUUGAAAUGGGGCCCUGAACGAUUUCAAGACUGGGUCCCCGGUCAGCCGCGACUCGAUCACAUCUCCAAAGGCGACAAGGGCGCCCUCGGCACGGAAGGAGGAGUGGUGGAUGUCAUCAUCACUUGCGAGGAGCGUUGCUGGGAUGCCGUGGUGGAUGACCUUAUGAACAAGGGAAACCAAUUGAACCGACCUGUCCAUGUGUUCAACGUGGACAUUAAAGAUAACCACGAGGAAGCGCUUGUUGGUGGCAGAGCCAUUUUGGACUUGGCAAAUCGCUUGAAUGAAUCUGCGAUUCUGCAGAGAAAGAUCCACGGCUCGGCAGGAUGGGAGAAUGGGUCUGGCGCCGCGCGCUUGGGUUUCGAUGAGAGUGUGCCGGAGAUCCUGGCUGAGUGGCAGGAGAAGCAUCCCAAUCUGCCAGCCCUAUGGACUUUGGCCUGGCUGUAG